AUGUUGUCACGACUCCACGUUGUGGCGCUAUGCCUAGGAGCGUUCGUAAACUCUGUCCAGGCGGCCACUGGUGGCUCGUUCGUGGAAGCAGGUCAUACGAAAGUUAGCGCUUUGCUGAUGUUCCUUGGUGAUAAUGAGGGCGUAUACAUUUUGGACAAAGCAGAAGGAAACGCCGCUCAGGUUGCAGGACACCCUGCCUGGGGUUCUCGUUGGGAUAUUGCGACACACAAUGUCGAUGUUAUGGAUGUCAAAAGCAAUUCUUUCUGUUCCUCAGGGAUGCAUCUUCCCAACGGCUCCUUCGUCACCUUCGGCGGAAACGACGGAAUCACAAUCGGCGGCAAAGUCGGUUCUCAGAAGAACCCAGACGGAACGGGACAUUGGGACAGCAUCUACCAAGAUUUCGACGGCAGGAAGGCGAUUCGUAUCCUCAACCCCUGUAGCUCGAACGAGAACUUCUUGUCCCCCAAGUGCACAUGGUACGACGAGAUUGAGCACCUCUCUAUGAAGAGAAAUCGCUGGUACGCUGCAGCUGAGCCGCUCGGCGAUGGUACCGUGGUCAUCCUUGGCGGAUUUGUCAGUGGUGGAUACAUAAAUCGCUGGAAACCGGACAGACCCAAUGUCGACGCUAUCACUCAGGCUGGGCUUGCGGAGAACAGCUACGAAUAUUUCCCCGCAAAGGCUAAGGAUGCGGAGGUCGUCGACUUCUUGGUCAAGACUUCCGGUCUGAACUCUUAUGCGCACACCUACCUGAUGCCCUCUGGCUUGAUGCUUGUGCAAGCCAACCAUUCUACAAUGUUGUGGGACCACAGUCUCAAUAAAGAAUAUCCUCUACCCGAUAUGCCCAAGGGCGUCAUUCGUGUCUACCCCGCCUCUGGUGGUGUCGCCAUGCUCCCCCUCACCCCGGAGAACAACUACACACCAACGCUACUCUUCUGCGGUGGUUCCGACAUGCCAGAUGAUAACUGGGGAGACUACGGCGGCCCCAACGUCGACCCCUGGCUAUUCCCCGCCUCGGCCGACUGCCAGCGCUUGACACCCGAACCCGCAGAUAAGACAAAGCCCGUUGCAUACGAACAGGACGACGAUAUGAUUGACCGGCGGACGAUGGGCCAGUUCAUCAAUCUGCCUGAUGGAACACUUCUCAUGAUCAACGGUGGACGCAACGGCACCGCUGGUUACGCCGACAAGACAAACGAUACGCCUGGCCCGCUGAUGCCGUUUGGACCAUCUCUGGCAUCCGACCCCGUCUUCACACCUGCGAUUUACAACCCCAACGCCCCGCGGGGAAGCCGCUGGUCAAACAAGGGUCUUGCUCCGUCGACGAUCCCCAGGAUGUACCACUCCGUUGCGAUCCUCCUCCCCGAUGCGUCGGUGUUCGUCGCAGGUUCGAACCCCAAUGCGGAUGUAAAUAUGGACGUCAUGUACCCGACCGAGUACCGUUCUGAGAUCUUCUACCCGCCUUACUUCAACGCGAAGGUGCGCCCCGCACCAACUGGCGUUCCAAACAGGCUAUCGUACGGUGGGCCCGCUUUCGACAUCACGCUCUCGGCGAGCUCGUACACCGGCGCUGCGAACGCCGCGGCGGAGAAGACCAAGGUUGUGAUUAUGCGCGGCGGGGUGACCACCCAUGCCAUGAACAUGGGGCAAAGGCACAUGGAGCUCGCGACCUCGUUCACUGUCAACAAAGACGGCUCGAUUACGCUGCACGUCGCGCAGCCUCCACCGAACCCGAACCUGUUCCAGCCCGGCCCUGCAUUCCUCUACGUCGUCGUCGACGGCAUCCCGAGCAACGGCACGUAUCUCAUUGUUGGCUCAGGCAACAUCGGCGUGCAGCCUACGCAGCCUGCCAGCGUGCUCCCUGCGAGCGUCCGCCUCGACAGCGUCUCCGGCGCAGGUGACAAGACAAAUUCGAACUCGAACGCGAACGCGAACGCGGCGGGUGAGGAGGAGAAGAGCAAUUUGCCGGUGAUCAUCGGGUGCAUCGUCGGUGGUGUUGUGGUCGUGGGUGUGCUCGGCGCGCUGAUCGCGGUGUGCAUGAAGCGGCGGGCGCGCAGCGCAGCGCGUAUGCCGCCGUCUAAAGAGUUCGGCGCGGGUAUGGCUGCUGGUGCGGGUGCGGUCGGUGGCAAGCCCGCCGUCAGUGGGUGGACGACGCACGAUGACUCGUCGAGCGUGUUUGUGCCGCUCGCUAAGGGCGGUGCGGGCUACGCGGAUGAGACGGGGAGCAGCAUACAUGCGCCGUAUAAGGAUGAUAUGGGGCGUGGCACCAACUCGUUUGGAAGUAGGAGCCAGGUGUUUGGGAAUGAUGCCUAUGAUCCAUAUUCGGGGCAGCCACCCAUGGCACAUGCGCAUGGACAUGAGUACGCGACGUCCACGACGCAGUUGAAUUCGUAUCAACAGCAAGGAGGAUAUCGGUAG